AUGGAGGCCCUCUCUCCGCGCACAACGAACCAGAUGAUCAAGCCAAAGCUUGCUAUGGAUCGUAAAGCGUUUGAUAAAAAUGCUGCGCUGCCGAGUAGCAAACAAAAGCUUGCGACAUCCAAGAGCUACGCCGAUCCGCCGCCGUCAAUAAUCUCAGAGCCGGAAGAUGGUGGGGAGCGAUAUUCGAUAGGUGCAUUCUUGGGAAAAGGCGGCUUUGCUGUUUGUUAUGAGGGUGCGUUGGCUCGCAAUGGACGGGUGUACGCCAUGAAGGUCGUCAAGUCAGCGAUGCCCCAGAAAAAGAUGGAGGAGAAGUUUCGAACCGAACUUCAGAUCCACUCGAAAAUGCGCCAUCCUUUCAUCGUUCAGUUUUACCGCGCAUUUGCAUUCGAAUCCAGCACCUAUGUCGUCCUUGAGUUAUGUCCAAAUGGGUCGGUGAUGGAUAUGUUUCGGAAAAGACGCUGCUUCAGCUUGCCUGAAGUCCGCCGGUAUAUGAUUCAGCUUUGCGCAGCGGUGAAAUACCUACACAAACGUUUUGUCGCUCAUCGUGACCUGAAGAUGGGAAACCUGUUUCUUGAUCACAACAUGAACAUCAAGGUUGGGGAUUUUGGUCUGGCGGCUAUGAUUUUGUCCGACAAGGACGCCAAGAGACGAAAUACGCUAUGCGGCACGCCCAACUAUAUUGCUCCCGAAGUUUUGGAUAAGAGCAAAGGUGGCCAUACGCAGAAAGUUGACAUUUGGUCCGUGGGUGUGAUACUGUUUGCUAUGCUUGCCGGAUACUUACCAUUCCAAUCUAAAACGCAAGAUGAGGUUUACAAGAAAGUCCAGAAUUUGACUUAUGUCUGGCCCAAGGAAUCAGACUCCAGCAACUACAUCCCCGAGGAAGCAAAAGACUUAGUCAGUCGUUGUUUGAACCUAGUGGACGAAGAGAGACCAGACCCAGACGACAUUGUUGAACACCCAUUCUUCAACAUGUAUGAUGGUUGUAUUCCUCGUCAGCUGGACCCCUCCUGCCGAUUCAACAAGCCAAUAUGGCUCAAGGACGCCUCACCUCAAGGAGACUGUGUGGUAAGUGGAUACGGCUUGGACUCGGAUGAGAAGCUCCGCGCAUAUGUGUACCAGGUGGACGACCCCGCCCAGCGAUAUUAUUCCUGCAAAGCUGCCUUCUAUUCACUCUGCGGCGUGGGACGCAAGCCUGACGGUACGGCUCGGAAAUCUGUAGGGAGAAACUGCUCAAAGUCGGCCUUUUCUGAAUGUGAUGUGGAGGACUCUAGAGGUCUACGACCUGUCAUCCCCCUGUCCCCAGACUAUGUUUACCGAUGGCCCCAUGACAACGAAGGAGACUGGUGUCUUUUGGAGAGUUCCCGAAGGGUAAUCCGCAGCGAGGAGUCAAUGCUUAGCAGCAGUACUAUGUCUCAGCGAAGUGCUUCCAUUCGUCCCAACCCCAUGGCAGCAUCACGGACCAAUGUGGCCCUUGCCGCUGCUCAACAGCGCCGAAUGGAAGGACAGAGCCAUGCAGCAACGUUGCGUCAGCAAGCUCGAGUCCCUCCUAUCUCUCCCCGGAGGGCACCUGGAAUCAGCGACGCCGCUGCUUUACACUCCAGGCCAUAUCGAGAUAUCCCACAAGCCGAGUCAAAACCUCCUUCUGCAGCGGACGUACCAAUCGGAGGCUUGGCAGAUCGUCCUAUCCGGACACGAAGAAUGGCAUCUGCAUCACAAGCAACCACGCUACGUAGCAAGGAUAUUGAUAUUGUCCCAACAUUAGCCAAAUCCACAAGCAUGCCAGCAGGCUUGACUGUAGGCAAAACACGCUCUCAGUCUCGCAGAUUGGCAGCCGCUGACCCUGAGUUGAUGCAGCCUUCCAUCCCAACCAGAGAACGGCAAUCAACUACCAGGCCGGAAGAGCGAAAGGUGACCACCCGUCAGACAUCUUUACGGUCUACAUCCAGAGCAGAUCUCAACGCUAGUGUCGGACGAGACGAAAGGCGGAGAGACAGCCCUAUCGAAGAGUCCGCUCGAUCUUCACUGGCACAGUCUAAGUUUUCCGGCGAAUCUAAUGGACUAGGUCGAUCAGAUCCCAAUGGUAUCGCUCGAUCUAACAGCAAGACAGCUGGUGGCAGGGCACGAUCUAGCUUGGGGCUAAGUCCUUUGUUCCACAUGGAAGAUGCAUGCAAGCUUUUGCCCAGAACUUCGUUGACCGAAGUCAACACCGACUUGCGUCUUAUGCUGACCAACCUGGUCAACCAUGCACCGACUAGGCGCAGAGGGGGAGCACGAAAACAGCCUCAUGCCUAUGUCAUCAAAUGGGUUGACUACACCAACCGUUACGGUAUUGGGUAUGUUCUGGACGAUGGGAGUGUUGGAUGUGUUUUCAAAGGAGAAAAUGGACAGCCGGCAACGAGUGUUGUGGUACGAGAUGGCGAGAGACACAUCCGUCGGAAAGCGCGUAGCGUCGCGGACGGCAAACAGCAACCGAUUUACUACUCAGAAGCUGAUCAAUUAGUUCCUCGCACUGGAAACGCGGUCGAGUUCUAUGAGAAUCGUGACGAUGACUUGCUAGGUUGUCGUGGCAUCCGACGAGCAUUGAUCCCUCCAUCACUCUUCGAUGUCAUGACCUCCAAAGCAAUGAGGAUUCGCUCCAACACAGGAACCGAAUUCGAACGAGCGGAUGCAGAGAAAAUAAAGCGGAUGAAACUUGUGGAUCAGUUCGGUAAAUACAUGAUCGGAGCACUUGGUCGACAUGGUGACGAAGGCAUUAUGGACGAAGACCUGCCUGAACACAACAGUGCCCAGUUUGUCAAAUUUUAUCAGCGCCUGGGUAAUGUUGGCAUCUGGGGUUUCGGAGACGGAGCCUUCCAGUUCAACUUCCCGGACCACACAAAGCUAGUGAUCUCACCCGGCCGUACCCGUAGCUCAUCCCCCUGGAUUGACUUCUACCACCUCUCAUCCUCCGCCGCUCGAUUCUUCACCGCAAAAGGCAAGAUGCAUCCGGCAGGGUUCGACACUCGAGCUGUGGCUUCCGACGAGGCUGCCACUUUCCUCAGCAUCGCGAACGGAGACUCCAUCAAUUCGACCGAAGACCGGAUCCGCGAUAUUCUCGACGCGAAUGCCUUCAUUCAGAAAAUUGCCUUCAUUAAAGAUACCCUCAGAGUUUGGAUUAAGUUUGGCCGACUCGGGGGUCGUCCGCCCUCAAUCGACUCUUCUGAAGAAUCCAUGCCCGACGAAGCGUUCUGGCAUGGAACGCAGGAGCGUUCGCAACCCAAUAGCCCUGGGACGAAGUUUGUCUGGGUGACUGUCGGAGCACCAGAUGGCGAUGGUCACUAUCGCUCUAUGAUGCUCAAAGAUAGUGAUCGGGAGCUAGGAGAAACGCGCGCUGCAAUGGAAUACGACAAAGACAUGGACCUAAUCAAGGACCGGCUACGUGCACUUGGUCGCUGA